GGGCUCCUUGGCUUUUGGAGACAAAUACGGAUAUAUUCUCACAUAUUUAUGAAUCAGUUGAUUUAUGUGUUUAGUUUGGUGAUGUGUUAUAUGAUAUAAGGAUUACAUAAAUAACAGAUGGAGAUUGGAGUCUGCAAGAUUCUAACCAUUCUAUUCUUGGUUAGUUGUGCGACUUGUUGCGUCCGCAAGCCGCCUGGUUACCUGCACCAUCAGACGCGCAAUCCUGGGGAUAAUGGCUACAGCAUCACUGUUCAAAAAACUAAGUCAUAUCUCGAGACCGACAAAUAUGUUCCAGGCACCGCCUAUACCAUAACCCUUGCCGGAUCAAGAACAUUUAACAAUUUGCAACAAUUCACACAUUUUAUGUUAGCAAUAGAGCCAGAAAUUCUUAAAGAUGCUGAUGCCGCUGAUUUGAGUCCACAAAGGCUCGGUCAAUUUGUACUCUUCCCUGAUGCUCUUGCACAAUACAAAGAAGACUGCGUUAACACCGUUGUUGAAGCAAAUUCAUUACCCAAAAGCGAAGUCAAAGUAAUGUGGAUGUCACCGCCUUCCGGUUCUGGAUGUGUGGUUUUCAGGGCUAUGGUCAUGGAAGACCAAUCUAGAUGGUGGUCUGAUGACGGCUCAUUAAGCUUCAAAAUGUGCGAAGAAGAUGAUGACAAUAGAUUACCGGUAGUCAAAAGUGAAUGCUGUGCUUGCGAUGAUGCUAAAUAUCGAUUGAUAUUUGAAGGAUUAUGGUCUAGUGAAACUCAUCCCAAAGAUUUCCCAAUCAGUUCUACAUUCACACAUUUCUCCGACGUAAUUGGUGCUUCUCACGAUCCAUCAUUUAGUUUCUGGGGCGAGAGACAAUAUGCUACCGACGGUUUCCGUACUCUUGCUGAAUGGGGAUCAGGAGGAAUGCUUUUGCAAGAAUUAAGAACCAACGGAAAUAGGCUACGUUCAAUUAUUAAAGCAGCCGGUUUAUGGUAUCCUCGAGUUAAUACAAACACCACAGCAACUUUCAAGGUCGAUAGAAAGCAUCCACGUGUUUCUUUGGCUUCUAUGUUUGGACCAUCUCCUGAUUGGGUUGUUGGAAUCAAUGGAUAUGAUCUGUGCCAAGAAGAUUGCACGUGGAAGGAUUAUGUUACAAUGGAUCUUCUGCCAUACGAUGCCGGCACUGAUAGCGGUGUUUCUUAUUUGUCCCCAAAUGCGGAAACUAAACCCCGAGAGCGCAUGUACAAAAUAACUUCAAUGUAUCCAGAAGAUCCUAGAUCGCCGUUCUAUGAUCCUUCUGGUAAAGAAAUUCCACCUUUAGCAAGAUUGUACCUAGUACGUGAAGCAGUAAUACCGAGAGCUUGUGAUGAACAAUUGCCAACGAGAAUUGAGGAAACGGAAAACACUGAAACCACCUCCAGACCUGAAUGCGAAACGACUCCAUGGUCAGAAUGGUCCACCUGCUCAGCGACAUGUGGAAAAGGCCUCCGUAUGCGUACCCGAACUUAUUUGAUGCCAAUGAAGGCGCAAAUGAUGAACUGUGAUAGACAAUUAGUUUCUAAAGAAAUGUGUGUCGCCAAAAUCGAGGAAUGUGGUAAUGGAGUUUUGGUUGGUGCAAUCGAUGAAGAAGAUAAUGUGGAAGAUUUAUCUGGAACUUGCGCAACUACGGUGUGGAGCCAUUGGUCAGAAUGUUCUGCAUCUUGUGGAGACGGCGUCAAAAGACGGACAAGAUCUUUUAUAAAUAGAGGAGUACAUAAAAAAUGCUACCAUAUUAAAAGGGAGGAAAUAGUAGUAUGCUCUGUACCACGAUGUGAGGAUGUAACAGAACGCGACCUUACUUGUCCAGUAACCCACUGGUCUGCCUGGUCUCCAUGCAGUGUAUCUUGCGGAAAAGGUUUUUCUGUCAGAACAAGAUUACUUCUUUUACCAGAUGCUAAAAGGGCAGAGGCUGAAGAAUGCCGUAAUGUUAUUUUAUCGCAAAGACAACAUUGUGAAGGACAUGAUUUGUGCCAUACUACUAAAGAGGCUUGCCAGCUGGAGGUUGAAGUAGGCCCGUGCCGCGGCUUCUACUCGCGGUGGUAUUACGACCCAGAACAACAAAAAUGCGAUAGAUUUACAUAUGGUGGUUGCAGAGGAAAUGCAAAUAAUUUUAGUACUAAAGAAGAAUGCGAAAAAGUAUGCAACGGUGAAUAA